AUGGCAGCUGAGAACGGCCACCUUGCUAUGCUAAAGUGGGCCAGAGACGAAGGCUUCCCUUGGGAUGUGCGAACGUGCAGUGCGGCAGCUAGGAACGGACACAAUGCUAUCCUGCAGUGGGCGAGAGAGAACGAAUGCCCUUGGGAUCAUUUGACGUGCCACGCGUUGGCUUCCAAUGGGAAUCUCACCAUGCUGCAAUGGGCCAGAGAAAAAGGAUGCUACAUGGACGGCAACGAUUUUAUAGGUGCAGCUGCGAAUGGACACCUCGCCGUGCUGCAGUGGGCCAGAGAAAACGGAUACCCUUGGGGUAAAAAUAUGGGGGUCAUGGCGGCUAGGAACGGACACCUCGAAAUUUUGCAGUGGUUGACCAGUGAGGGCUGCCCAUGGGACAAGCGAGAUGGUUUGAACGCCGCAUCAUCACACGGGCAGAGCGCGAUUCACAGUUGGAUACUAAGGAAACACGGCACAAGUGCCAUAUAUGGACGAAAUUGGAAUUGGCAAAUGAACGAUGAAAACAGCGAACUGCUAUCGGAGUGA